AUGGGACGUGGAGGAGCAGUACGUAGUCGAAAACUUCACACGGGUUCAACGGAUAGUGAGCCACUUGCUGCAAGAAUGCGCCAUCCAAAUAAGAAACAACGCAAGGUCAUGGACGAGCUGCUGCUGAAUUCCAAUCUCAGACGUGUUGAUGACGUCAGCAACGGUCUCAUUCGAGCUCCCCAACCAAUAUUGCGAGAAAAGCCAACUACACCUUUCAUCGUUUUGCCAGAGGAAGCUCGAUUCACACCACUAAUAAAGAAAAGUAGAUAUGCUCUUGACAUAGGAGGAACGUUGGUCAAACUUGUGUAUUCUACGGUAUGUGAACGUGCGGAUAAGUCCGACUGCAAUGAGCCUGAGGUGCUGCUAAACUUUAAGAAGUUCACGACAAUUGAAUGUUGUUUACAAUUUAUUGGAAAUAAUUGGCAUGAUCGCGUUGCCGACGAUGUUUUACACUGUACUGGUGGAGGCUCCUUCAAAUACGCAGAGAUGAUGCAUAAUUUGUUAGGAGUGCGGGUUCAACGUACAGAUGAGAUGAAGUCGCUGAUCUAUGGCUGUGAUUUUCUUUUGAGAAACAACGAAGACGAGUCGUUCACAUAUCAUCAUGAAGCGAUCGGGAUUGAAAGAUAUCAGUACAAGCCAAUUGCAGCAGACUCCAUUUACCCUUUCCUACUAGUGAACAUAGGCACUGGUAUAUCAGUCUUGAAGGUUGAUUCGCCGUCACAAUUUCAACGAGUUGGUGGUAGCUCCAUGGGAGGCGGUGCAUUCAUUGGACUUGGAAACCUCUUAACUUCAGCACAAAAUUUUGAUGAACUUCUGUUGAUGGCGGAGAAGGGAGAUCAUCGAAAGUGCGACACACUAGUGUGUGAUAUAUAUGGUGGUUCGUACGAUAACUUGAACCUGCCUGCUGAUCUGAUCGCCGGUUCAUUCGGCAAAUGUAGCAGGAUGGGGAAGCGGGGCGCCGCUGCUCGCGGAGAUCACGAACAAGCUUCGGAGCAAGACAUUGCCAAAUCCCUUUUGUUAAUGAUCAGCAACAAUAUUGGACAGAUGGCAAUGUUGUACGGUAUGAGGUUUUCCAUGAAACGUAUAUACUUUGGAGGAUUUUUCAUUCGGAAACAUCCUAUCACGAUGCGAACGUUGUCAUAUGCAAUCAACUAUUGGAGCAAAGGUAAUAUGGAAGCGUUAUUUAUGAAGCACGAAGGCUACCUCGGAGCAGUAGGUGCCUUCCUCGAUACUGGAAAUGCAUGA